GGGUGUUUCAGAGUUGAAACCUGAAGUCUUCAGCAGGGCUCCAGUUACUGAAUGCUUGGCUGGAGGGACAGAGUUACGCUAUAUUCUGCCUUUGAAGCGGCAUCUGCCUGAGGCAGGUGUGAUGGCCAACGGCAGCGCGGUUGCCGUGGAGUGGGGAUAACUCACAACAAUGGCUGCUGGAAGCACGAAGGCUGCGGGGAAGGAGCCGGCCCCCACGAUCCCGAUCAGCGCUGAGCUACGGAAGCAGCUACGAGAAGCCUUUGACGUGUUCGACCCCGACGGCUCCGGAGUGAUGGAUGUCAUGGACCUGAAGAUAUCCAUGAGAGCUCUGGGCUGUGAAGUGAGGAAAGCGGAGAUGAAAAGAAUUAUCUCUGAAGUUGAUGAGGAUGGGUCAGGGAAGAUAAACUUUGAGUCGUUUCUGCGGGUGAUGACCCAGAAAAUGGCAGAGCCAUUUUCAAACGAGGAGAUGCUGAAAGGUUUCAAGGUGUUUGAUUAUGAUGGCACUGGCAAGAUCUCUUUGGAGAAACUCAAACUGGUGGCUACUGAGGUACAAGAAGACAUCACAGACGAAGAGCUGCAGGAGAUGAUUGAUGAAGCAGAUGUGGAUGGAGAUGGGGAAGUGGAUCCAGAAGAGUUUGUGCGGAUUCUGACAUUGACUGACCAGUAACUACAUGAUUAUCUUUUUUUCCCCCAUUCCGUUGUAAACAACUGUUUGCAGUAUCACUUCUUUCCAACUUUCAAAUUCUUUCGUGUGUUGCCUUUUUGGGUGUGAAAACACACUGAGAUGCUCCAUGACUGCAAGCAGUUUUCUAUAUCCCAGUAAACAGUUUUGUUGCUAGA